AUGGUAUUCUAUGGGCAGACUGUUAAUGGGAUUCCCGACCGGGGGUAUAUCCUCUAUAUUACGGCCUUGGUGAUGGUCUUGGUUGCGGCUGUUUUUGUUGCUGCUCGUUUAUGGACGAGGAUUGCUACGAGGCAACUUGGGCUGGAUGAUAUUUGUCUCGUGCUUGCUCUGGUCUGGUCGAUUGUUUUGACUGCAGCUAUUGAUAUGUCUGUAUACCAUGGCUAUGGCAGACACAAGUUUGAUAUGAAAGACAUGAAUGCGGCUAUGAUGUGGUUCUUCAUAGCCCAAAUACCAUACAAAAUAGCACUCGGUUUCACCAAAGUCUCCCUCGUCCUUCUCUACCUCCGAAUCUUUAUCACCAAGACAUUCCAGCGCGUUGGAAGAGCAUACCUGGUGGUAAUUAUCGCCUGGACGAUCGCAUCAGUCUUAGUCACGAUUCUACAAUGUAUCCCGAUUAAAGCAUCCUGGGAUAAGGAAAUCGUCGACAAGAAGUGUGUCGACAAAAAUUCAUGGUGGUACGCCUUCGCCGCCAUCAACACAGUAACGGAUUUCUUAAUAGUGAUCCUUCCAAUCCGACCAAUCCUAAAUCUCAAGCUUUCGAAGCAUGACAGGAUUGGGUUGCUCUGUGUGUUUGGAAUUGGCGCAUUGUACGUCCUGUCUCAAAAUUGCUUGAAUGAAUGA